GCGCCGGAAGAGGCACUAGGUCUUCAACUUCAAUUCGACCACCAAGAGGAACACGUCCAUCUCGACUCCAUUUGCCUAACGGUCACCGAAGAGAUGUCACGAUUAGACGACCUCGAGGCAGGUGUAUUUGAUAGCUGGGAUGAAGAGGAGGAAGCCAACGCUCUGUUUGGUGGGGAUAGCUUCACCGAGGACGAUGUUUUUCACUCUGGCAACUCGCAAGGAGAUGAGGAUGAGCGGAUACGACAGCUCUGUGAUGGCCUUGGAAUCCUUGAACAAGUCGGCGGUACAUCACAAACUGCAAAGAAGGGAGUCAACAUUGGUUUCAACGACAACGUAGGGAUUGGGUUCCCACCUGGCCUGCAUAGCGAUAUGCCCCCUCCUCCACUCUCCCCUACCAAAAAACUCCAUCAUCUACAACAGGAGAGCCAACGUCGCCCCAGCUUUUACAUCCCUCGAGAUGAGCCCGAUCUUGAAGCCGGAUUACUGGCAGCAAUGAGCGGGAC